UUAGUAGAAUUUUAGCUUAUGGACGAAGACUCGAAGAUUACGCGUGAUGGAAAAACUAAACAAAUCGCCCGACGACCUGAUCGGCGUCCUCGGUGUAAGCAUCCUCAGACCAUUCAAUCACGGGCUCACCUGCUCUUACACCCAUUCGUCGCCCUCACGGCGUCUUCUCGUCCUCGAUCUUAAAUAUAUCUCGGACCAAAAGAGGAGGAGGCAGCCAGAUCCAGCGAGAGGAAGACGACGUCGGCUGAGAGAUUUCUGAAGAAAUGGAGUCGACCGUGAUCGUCUUGUCCAUCGUGGUGGGGUUGUUUGGGAUCGGAAGCGCCGUGCUGGGGUUCAUCGCCGAGGCCACCAAGCUCGAGCCGAAUGACAUCGUCGUGUCCGGGACCGAGUGCGUGUACCCGGCCAACCCGGCUUUCGCGCUGGGGCUGGUCGCCGCCCUCCUGCUGCUGGUGGCCCAGAUCACCGUCUCGGCCGCCGGCCGCUGCUGCGGCUGCUGCAAGCCCCGCGGCGGCGCCGGCUUCUCCGUGUCCAAGCGGAACAUCGGCGUCGUCUUCUCCGUCCUCUCAUGGGUGGCAGCGGUGAUCGCGGAGCUCUACUUCGUGCAGGGCGCGGCGUGGAACGCGCCCGUGACGCGCGAGGUCGACUCGGGGUGCUACUUCGUCAGGGACGGCGCCUUCAGGCGGGCGGCCAUCCUGAGCAUCAUCGCCACCGUGCUCGGGAUCAAAUCCUUCUUCUUGCUUCGCGCGGCCGCGGCGGCCACGCCGGCCGCUGCUGCGCCAGGAUACCCGGUUGCCGCCGUGGCGGGUCCGUCGUCGUCGUCGGCAGGCGAGCCCAAGCCGGACGGGAUCGCGAUGGGCCACCCUGCUCCGAUGUACGGGCAGGCGCCGUACGCGCACUACCCUCCGCCUCCGAAUGCGCAGGGAUAUGGACAGUACCCUCCUCCUGCUCAGGGUCAGGGAUAUGGACACUUCCACCCCGCUGCCCCCCCUCAACCUCAAGGCCAAGGCUACGCGCACGCUGUGUAAAUCGCUGGCCUAUUCGUGCAAUCGUGUCUUGAUUUUCUGCAAAUGAGCACCUUGUGGAGAAUGAUGAUAGUUUCUGUUUAUAUGUGCACUGCAAUUUGAGCUCUGAGAUGAGAUUUGUAGUA